GCCGAUCAGUGAGGACUGCAGAGUGGGCUGCAGAGUUGGACCGGGCGGCUGCGUGUGCGCAGGGUCCUCAUCAUGGGGCAGAUCGAGUGGGCCAUGUGGGCCAACGAACAGGCGCUGGCGUCUGGCCUGAUUCUCAUCACCGGGGGCAUCGUGGCUACUGCUGGACGUUUCACACAGUGGUAUUUCGGCGCCUACUCUAUCGCUGCAGGUGUGCUCAUCUGUCUGCUGGAGUAUCCCCGGGGAAAGAGGAAAAAGGGGUCCACCAUGGAGCGAUGUGGACAGAAGUACCUGACCUCUGUGGUGAAGCUGUUCGGGCCCCUCACUAGGAAUUACUACGUCCGGGCUGCCCUCCACUUCCUGUUGUCGGUGCCUGCAGGCUUCCUCCUGGCCACCAUUCUGGGGACCGUCUGCUUGGCCAUUGCCAGUGUGAUCUAUCUGCUGGCAGCCAUCCGAGGUGAGCAGUGGACUCCCAUUGAGCCUAAACCCAAGGAGCGGCCACAGGUUGGAGGCACCAUCAAACAACCACCUACCAACCCCCCACCCCGGCCACCCGCGGAGGUCCGGAAGAAGCCGAGUGAGGGUGAAGAGGAGGCAGCCUCAGCUGGAGGACCCCAGGUUAACCCAAUGCCAGUGACGGAUGAGGUCGUGUGACCUUCAGUGGCUGUCUACAGCUCCUGCUUGAGUUUCUGUGGAGUUGUCCCCCCCGCCCCCCGAGGGUGGUGUUGCUCGCUGUAAUAAACAUGAUUAAUAGCUGG